AACAUCUUUAAAGCUGGAUUUGACUCAUCUUUUGUCUUCUCCAGAUGUUUUCUGAUGGACUGUGGAUUAUUGUGAUGUUUUUAGCAGCUGUUUGGACUCUCAUUCUGACGGCACCCAUUCACUUGCAGUAAACAAGUGAUGCAAUUUGUCCAAAUAUGAUGUAGAAACAAACUCAUCUUCAUCUUGGAUGAAGCCAAUUUCAUUUUUGGGUGAACUAUUGCUUUAAAAAAAAAAAAAAAAAAAAAAAAAAAAACUUUUCUCAAGGACAUGUAGUAACUUUUUGUGGUUUGUUGUUGUGACAUUUUUAAAGCAGAACUCUUGAGAGACAAUAUUUAAAUGAAGCACUCCAGCGGAUUCCUUUCCUAAACACUUUAUCUGCAGGAAACAUUUAUUUUCUUUCUUCAUUGUCAUGAUGAACAUGUCUACGAGCUGAUCGAACUUGCAAUGUGUUAAUCCUGCUCACAUCUGACUCAAACUUUCGUGUUUUUUUUUUUUUUUUCAUUUUCUUUUUAAGAAAACUUAGAUUUGAUGCAGUUUAGGUUUUUCAUAUUUGAUGGCAUCUAUUAUGAAGACUGUUGAGUCGACCUGAAACCUUUGCAUUAGCAGCCAGACACACCACUGAAGCCACUUCCUUUAAACUUGUUAAACAAAAUAACCCUCAAACACAAAUGUUACUUCCUUUUCAAAUCUAAAAAAAAAAGAGACUAAACCCCAUUUUCACUACAGCUGAGCUCCUAUUCUUGUAUCAGAUUUUUAAACCUUCUUAUAUUUAUUUCCUUAAAGAAACAGGGUUACAGUUUGUCUUUCCAACUGGAGAGGUUUCAGAAGUCAGUUAAAACUUAUGAUAUCUUAUUAUAUUAUUUCUCAUGCACAUGUGAUUAUUGUCUUGUAGUAGCGUUCUUUAAAUGUAAAUAUAACUGUACACCAAACUACUCACUCCACGUUUAACUGUUGUUGUGCAUCGUCAUCACCCCUCUGACCAAUCAGUGCCUCGCACUUGUUCAAGGCGGGCCAUCACGCCAGUGGCUCUCGCCGCUCAUUGGUCCAUGCGCUCUAAACCCAUGACGCCUCAGCCAAUCAGAGGAGUGAGUGGAUCGUGUGAGUGAGGGAUAGCGCAGGUAAACUCAUCCGAUGCUGAACUGGAUCUGUGUAGAGUUUGAAUGGAAAUCAAGCUCACCUGUUUAGAAAAGCGUCCUCAUAAACACACGCGGGGAAAUGGACUUCCUCAAGUCUCUAGGUCACCCGGAAGAAAUAAUCAACCUCUUUAAAUACAAAAUAGGAGGCUGUCGGUCUGUAAUGCCUAAACUGGAUUAUGACUCCAUGAGCGAGACCCUGCGGAGCUGCUACGCGUAUCUGAACCAGACCAGCCGGAGCUUCGCGGCGGUGAUCCAGGCCCUGGACGGAGAGCUACGGCAUGCCGUGUGUAUUUUCUACCUGGUUCUGCGAGCUCUGGACACGGUGGAGGACGACAUGAGAAUCCCGCUGGAGAAGAAGGUCCCGUUACUGCAGGACUUCCACUCGUUCCUCUAUCAGCCCGAAUGGAGCUUCGCCGAAAGCCGAGAGAAAGAUCGACAGGUGCUGGAGGAUUUCCCCACGAUUUCGAUGGAGUUCAGGAACUUGGGACUGGAGUAUCAAGAGGUGAUUUCAGACAUCUGUCACCGGAUGGGUGCGGGAAUGGCCGAAUUCCUGGAGAAGAAGGUGUCUUCCAUGAAGGAAUGGGACCAGUACUGUCAUUACGUGGCGGGUCUGGUGGGGAUAGGACUGUCCCGUCUGUUCUCGGCGUCCCAGCUGGAGGACCCUGAGGUGGGCCGGGACACAGAGCUGGCUAACUCCAUGGGUCUGUUCCUCCAGAAGACCAACAUCAUCAGAGACUAUCUGGAGGACCAGCAGGAGGGAAGGGCUUUCUGGCCGCAGGAGGCCUGGAGUCAGUUCACGGCUCGUCUGGAGGAUUUGGCUCAUCCUCAGCACCUGAGCUCCGCUCUGUCCUGCCUCAACCUGCUGGUGACCGAUGCCCUCCAUCACGUCCCAGACGUCAUCGCAUACCUGUCCCGCCUCCGCAACCAGAGCGUCUUCAACUUCUGUGCCAUUCCUCAGGUGAUGGCUAUAGCGACUCUGUCGGCGUGUUACAACAAUCCUCAGGUGUUUCAGGGUGUGGUGAAGAUUCGGAAGGGUCAGGCUGUGACCCUCAUGAUGCAGGCCACAAACAUGAGCGCCGUUCUGAGCAUCAUCGCACAAUACUCUCAAGAGAUCCUGCAGAAGGUUUCCGUCACAGACCCGUCCCGGGAGAAGACGCUAGGUAUCCUGAGUCUCAUCCGAGAGAAGAGUGUGUCUCCAGCCGCGCUGUCGUCCCGUGCGCACCACAUCUCUCCGGUCUACGUCUCGGCCGUCAUGCUGUUAGCGGCGCUCAGCUGGCAGUAUCUGAACGCCUCGGCCGGGCAGCCACCAGGGGGCGCAGACAUGCAGGGACACUGA